UUGGAGAGUCAGAGGCUCCUCCCAGAGGUCUGGGACACUGGACUCUGCCCUGGGCGCGCCUAUCUGAGCACUUAGGUGCUCUCAGUCGCCAAACUUCAGCAGUUAAGGACCCGACGGUGGGCUCUCUGCCAGAUCGCUGGAACUGGAGCAGGCGGAGGCCUUCAAGCCAGAAUUCACCAUGACAACUGUCACGGUGACCAUGGAAGUUCCUUCUGGGGGUAAGACAGAAGACCGCUCCAUCUUCAGUGGACCGUCGUCAGCUCAGAUUAUUGAAGAAACUGAGUAUGUGAGAAAGAUUCGAACUACCCUGGAAAAGAUCCGGAAUCGCAUGUUUAAGGAGGAAGACGGCCGAGGCAAUGCAAGGCACAAAGUAGAUGCAGAGCAAUCUGGAAAUGUUCAGAAUGGCUUGGAUUCUACAACAGACCCCACCAGGUUGGAUUUGCUCUUGGAAAGCAUGAGAAGAAAAGAUCAGCAGCUCCUAGAAAUGAACAAAGAAAACGAAGUGUUGCAAAUCAAGCUGGAAGCUUCCCGAGAAGCAGGAGCGGCAGCUUUGAGAAAUGCGGCUCAGAGAUUAUUUGACAACUACCAAACGCAGUCUGAAGACCUGGAGAAAAAGCAUAAGGACAGUAAACAUGUACUUCAGGUCAACAAACUCGAGAAAGAGCAGACGUUAAAGCAACGUGCCAAAAAUCUGAGUCAACUUUCAGAAAAACUGGGAGAAAAACAUGAGCAAAUCGUAGGACUGGAAAACCGUGUCCAGAGGAUGGAAAAUGAAAAGAAAGCACUCCUAGAGAGAAAAUUAUGUUUAGAAAGCAAGCUACUCCAGCUCAAGUCCAACGCUGCAAAUUCAAAAAGCUGCCAGCAUCUUCAAACGGAGAUUUCCAUCCUCCAGGAGCAGAUCUGUCAUCUGCAGUUCGUGAUCCACUCCCAGCACCAGAACCUGCGCAACAUCAUCCAGGAGAUGGAAGGACUAAAAAAUACUUUAAAGGAACAAGAUAAAAAAAUUGAAAAUUUGAAAGAAAAGGUCACCGUGCUCGAAGCCCAGAAUGAAGAACUAAAAACCAAGGUGGCACACUGGACGGAAUCUCCUAGGACAUCAGUAUCUAAGGCCGUCUCUACAAGUGAGUUGAAGACUGAAGGUGCUUCUCCCUAUUUGAUGUUGAUUCGGCUACGAAAAUGAGCUGGCUGGCUGCAGUUCUGACAGAGAAGGACUUCUACAGAUUUUAUUUAUUCCUUGAAAUACAGUUUCAGCUCCCAAGUUAAAGUGACAUCAUGUCUUAUCUAAAUGUAACUUAGUAUACAUCAAUAACGGCAUAGAAAGGUGAUAUUGCAGGCAAUUCAACAAAUGUCUCCUGGAGAGAAGAAACCUUUUUCUUUUUAAACCAAAAUGUAACUUAAAAGGCCAAGGGACUAGGAUCUUUCCCACAUGGAAGAUGAAUUCUGCUUUAAACCUAAAAUAUUAAAAUUUGAAUCUAUCUCUCUUCAAACAUUUUACAAAGAGGACUCUUAUAAGGUUGUCAGAUUUGACCUUUGAUAGUGGUUCUUAUGUGUAUAAAUAAAGGGAAGUAUGUAAAUAUAUAUUAAUGAAUGAUGUAAUUUAAUUUGGCAUUUAGGUAAUAAAUAUCUUACCAUGCCACA